AUGGGAAGCAAACAAGAACUUUUCAAUGUCUCUGAUUGUGUUAUUGGGCUGACAUCUUUGAUGGAUAGUGAACAUAUGAGAUCUUUCAACAAGUGUACCCAAAGUGAAUUCGCCACAUUAGAGCUUUCUCAAAUGAUUAGUCUUAUUUUGCAAUCUCACUCUCAUUUCUUCCUUAUGUUAAGAAUACUAUUACUCUAUAUCCUUACAGGAACAAUUUUUGAAAAAACAUUCAUCUACUUGUUUCAGGUAUAUGCUUCUGCUGAAAUAUUAGCAAGCACAAGGGGAAGAGAAAGGAGUUUCGAUGAGUUUUUCGUCUGCGAAAAGGUCUGUACUUCAAAUCGGAUGUUGAAAAAGGUUGCUUAUUUCUCAAAAGAUCCCAUUCCUGAUAAUUGUGUUACUAUUUAUGGUGUGUCUGAUCUUGAUGCAUGUGAUGAUGCUUGUGCUCACACUGUUUGUGUUAACCAACAUCAAGUGCCUAGUUGGAAUGACAUAUGUCUUAGGAGAUGCCAAAGUGAAUGUCUUAAAUUGUCGUCUCAAUCUUCUUAG